AUGGGGCGGCACGGACACUAUGGGGCGGCACGGACACUAUGGGGCGGCACGGACACUAUGGGGCGGCACGGACACUAUGGGGCGGCACGGACACUAUGGGGCGACACGGGCACUAUGGGGCGGCACGGACACUAUGGGGCGACACGGACACUAUGGGGCGACACGGACACUAUGGGGCGACACGGACACUAUGGGGCGACACGGACACUAUGGGGCGGCACGGACACUAUGGGGCGGCACGGUGGCUGA